AUGAAAUGUAGGCUUUCGACACGUCAGAAAGUCUUGGUGAGACGGGGCUUCAAAUUCCGUUCCAAGCCAAAGUUUCCAUCACCGGUGUCGGACAAGGAAAUGCCUGAAUUUUCGCAAAGCAAAUCUGCUUGGUCUAAAUUUAGCAAAGCUUAUGUUGAUCUUCUUUGCUCGGGUGUCUUGGUUGGGGGUACUCUCAACCAGUACAAGAAACACCCACCUCGACGGAAAUAUGCCAAACGGGGUGAGGGGAAUAGCAAUACUCUGGGCGAACAAACCCGGGAUUUGAUUGCUGUUUUGAAGCAGUGCCUCAACAAUGAACCUUCACUGGAGCAUUUGUGGUCGCCCCUACAGGCCACUGUCGCCCAGACGGUGCCUCAUAGGACCAAAAAAAGUGGGCCCAAGAAAAAGAAACUGAAAAGCGUCGGCUCCAAACCUCCUGCUGACACAUGCGGGACUGAUGAAAGGGUUCUGUGGUGGACUGAUGAAACCGGUCACAAGAGAGCGUAUACCAUCAACCAAAGAGGGUGGUGGACUUGGGUACCUGAUGUUCCGACCUCAGCAAGCCAUCAUCAUCCUGCCAACAGAGCGGCUGGUCACAAAGGCGAGCCGAACCAAGGUAGACUUGGCACUUGGAUUUCAGGGGUGAGGUCCACUGAUUGGGCUACUCAGCCUGUUCCCAAGCUCAUUUCUUUCCCUAAAAUUCGUGACUCCCUGAAACUUGGACAAGAGAUUGAAGGGAAUGUGGUUGAGAUAUGGAGCCCGGAUGUCCUUGAUGAGUUGAACACCUUGUGGUCAUGUUUUGGAAAAACUGAGGGUUUGACCGCCAUCCUCUUUGGAGAGGCCAGAGCCCAGAAUCCUGAGGCCACCUCGGCCAGGUUGUCAGUGACCCGAGGGUCGUUUGGACCAAAGCUUGAAGAAGGUUCGCUCUUGCGGAUUGGUCCUGGCCAAGGUCCUUGGCUCCCCGGCAGCAAGAAAGUUGACAUCAGCACCAUCCCUACGGUGCAAAGGGAAACCUUGCGAGUUGCUGCUCCAAGUUUUUUCAGGGUCCCCUUUAUCGGAGACCGCCGAGAAGACUCCCCAACCUUGAUUGUGCAAGCCUUAGCAAGUCUUGCUGAGGCACCUCUGCAUGAUUUUUUAGGGGGGCGCUGGAAUGCCCAAGAAACGAAGGAUGGCAAACAGCUUGUGGCUUUUUUACGCCUGAAGUCUUCCACUGUGGCUAAACUGAAGCCUUUGAGUGGCCAGUCUGGUUUGUUUUUCACUCAUAUUAACCCCAAAGACAAAACGGAGUUUCAUCCUUUUUGGAUCCAGAGGAAUUCCCAAGAAAAUGACGAAACCUACUUCAGACGUGUUGCGGCUUUACAAAAGGAGCGUGCACAACCUAUGAUUUUCAGGUUUGGCUCUGGUGCUAACCUUGGCUUCUGCAAGAGACCCAGUGAUGUCUCCCCGGAGAAAGUCAGGAUGCAUGUUGCUCAGGGCGUCCCCCGGGCUUGGGGGAUUGGUGACUUGGAAUCAUUUUUGCACUCUCAGGCAUGGUCUGAAAUCUCUGACCUUGUCCGUAAGCGAAACUCAUGGACUUUUCGGGCAAAGGCUCCGAAAGACAAUGCCACCACAGCAUCUUGGCAUUACGACAUCGGAUCUUCUGACAGCACAGACUGGACGAUCACGAUCCAGGUUGCGGUCCGGGCCCCUCAGGCUCCUCAGAAGAAUGUUUCCUUGCGAGGACCCAGGCGAGAAGUCACCUUGAAAGAGUUUUGGCCUGCAGCUAAGGUUUCCGAUCCUGAGGAAUUGCCCCUAGCGAAGUCUCCCACUGACUCCCAAAAACCAGCCGGUGUCUCGCCAGCUGCAACUGAGGGUGUCCGUAGCAGUGCUCGUGACCGCAGUCAACGCAGCAGGUCACCAAAGCGAUCUGAUGAGGUCGCUCCUACUAUCCCUGAUACUCAGGAAGACGAGAGCAAAGAAGAUGAAAACAUUGAAAAAAACGAGGAGAGUAGACCUCCCAAAAAACAGCGUUUGGUUGAACCCAGUGACCCUCAAGAGGCCCUCAGCAGUUUUGGGUGGCAGCAGUGGGACCAGCACGGAAAUGGUGACUGCUUUUUUCGACAUGCAAGCGUUUUUGUGAACAAGGCCAACACUCAACCUGCUGUCCAGGAUAGUCAGCAUCACGCGGCAUGGAUCAGAGCGCAGACUUGUCAGCAUAUCAAAAAACAUUCACGUAGGUAUGCGGAGCUUUUUGCAGGAAAGUCUGCUUUUGAUGCUUGGCUCAAUAACGCAGCCAAGCCCACCAGUUGGGCUGAUGGCCGCACCAUCCAGGCGGCCAGUGAGAAACUUGGUUGCCCAGUGGUGAUUUGGAAUAAGGAUGGGAACACGUACACUCGAUACGUGAUUGCACCCAAGUUCAGCCGAGGUUUUGCCUGUGGUAGUACCGGUUGCAACCCCAUUUGCCUUCUUCUCACUUCCAAACAUUACACUGCCCUGGUGCCUCCCCCUACCGGUUCCGUCCCUCACAGUUGGCUUCGCGAAACUCCGGAUGUUGUGAUUGAUCUCUCUGGCGGAGUUGGUGGUGUUGCCUCGGGUUCCUCUGGGCUUGCGUCUGUUGGGCCUUCUCCCCCGUCUGUGCGCGCGGGCGGCUCUCCUUCCCAGAGGACUUCCUCCUCUGCCGGCACCCCCUCUGUGCACUCCCUCGCCUCUCCUGCUCCUUCCGUGGUUCAGGGUUCGGCGGGGCGGGUUGGUGGUCUGCUUGGCUUCUGUGCGGCUUCGUCCUCGCGUUCCCCCUCCGUGCACUCCUUGGUCAGGUCUGCUGCGUCUGUCCGCCCUGGCGUUUCCGGUGCUGUCCCCUGUGUUGCUCUGCCCCCGGUCACGCCCGUGCCCGCUCGGAGUUCUUGCCCUUCGGUCCCUACUCCGUCCGUCCGAUCGGUCGCUCCGGUUCGCCGUUUGCGGUCUAAGACCUUCUGUGCGGACGCUUCUGAGUCGCGCUCGUGUCUUUCGUCGGGUCAUCGCUGUGUGAGCGCCGCCGGUCCUGUGUCUGGUCCUGUCACCCCGUCCGUCCACUCGGUCGUUGAUCCUGCCUGCCGUCGCCCUGCGCGUGCGUCUUCUUUGUCCUCUCUUUCUUUGGGCCCCCCUCCUGAAAGUGAUUCCCCGCAUUCCAGUGUUGACAAAGGUGGGGGGAGUAGAAAUUGUACCCGUAAGAUUAAAUGCUUGAGUCCUGAAGAGAUUGCUGCUAUUCCUACGGUUGAUUUGCCCGCGGAUAUUAAAAAGUGGUGGACCUGUGAUAUUUGCGGAUAUCAAAUUUUUCGCCACGUCGAAGACAAACCUGAAAUCCAUCGCACAAGGAGAAAACAUCACCUGCGGAAGAAACACGGCAUUUCUUGUAACAAUGUACCUGAAAUUGUUGCGGACCCCGCACCUGUGGGUUCUGCUAUUUCACCAUGUGAGAAGUUUGCCCAGGUUUUGUGCGAAGUGCUCAAUUCUGAGAAGUGGCCAGGUCUCCAUCAGGUGAAUCGCCCUGUCAAGCGCAAGGGCGCCCGAAACUUGGACUGGCCAUGCGAGGCUUGUGGAAAAGUUUGCCGACAAGCUCAAUUGGGUUCUCAAAUUUGUAAGUCUUCUGAUGGCGACAAGGUCCCCCAAGAAAGUGUCAGGCAGAAACUCCUCAAAAAAUGCCAGAAAAAGGCUAGACAGAUUCUGCAGCAAAAGUCGCAGGAGCGCACUAAACAGUUGAAGGACAUCCAUUUACGACAGGAACAACAGCGGUUUGUCCAUGCGAAGCAGGUCACGCCUGCGCCUUUGUUUCAAGGACUGCCGGUUUUUCCAGCGGGGAACAGGGACGGGACUGUUUGGUGGAGCUGCUCCUUUUGUGAUUUUAAGGUCAUUCAUGGAGAGCAAAGGCAUAAAGCGUCGAAGAGAAUCUACCACUUGACUUCUGUCCAUGGGAUCAAAAGUAAAGAUAUCCCUAAACUUCCCAAAACCGGGUUUAGACCUACGGGGGUUUUGGCUACUAUCGACACUGUUCAAAAGCGAUGGGUCCGGCAGCUUGAACUCUUCAAGAAGGUUCGCUGGGCUGCUGCUCAUGAUUUGUCGCCUGAACCUACGGCUGUCUACCAAACCAGGCAUUCCAAAAAUGGAAAGCGUUACACCUCCAAGAAAUUUACUUGUCUCAAAUGUUCCUGCUUUACCAGAAGUUCUGAAAUCCCUGCGGCUAUUUGUUCCGCGGCCCAAAAAGGUCGCCUCCCUAGCCUAGCCAAGCGCAAGGCACUGUGGCAAAAGUGCCGCGAAGAAGCAGCCAAGGAAAUCACUAUUGAUUUUUGCCAAAAGGAUAACCAAUCCAACAAACGAAAACUUGGAUUUGAUUCUGGAAAUUCUUUCCCUAACAAACGUAUGGUUCCUUCUUUCAGUAAAAAAGCUGACGGCAGUGCUGCCACGGGUCGGGGCCUCCGUGCUGUGCGGGUUGGAGAAGCUAAGCACCCGGGCCCGUCAGGCGACCAUGGUGGCAAACUCAGAUGUGUGGCUUGGAACAUCAACUCCUUCCGAAAUCAUUUCGCGGCUAUGUGUCAGGAAGCUGAGGCAGUCAAUGCUAAUGUGAUCUUUCUCCAGGAAACGGGGACCACUAGAGGCCAAAUGGUUUCUGCCAUGCACUUGGCCCGUAGGCACGGCUGGCAGCUCAGUGGAACGCCAGCAGGGGCCGUUGCCGAUGGCGGUCGUGGGGGCACCGCAAUUUUGGUCAAAGAGCCUUUGGCCCUAGCGGAUAUCCAUUCCACCACUGAAACUUGGGGUCAACUUCAGGUUGCCGAGAUCCUUGGACACAAAGUCCCCAUUACUGCUAUUAACGGGUAUAGACGGCCCCAGCAGGCGCUUGAUGCCCCCAAUGAAGCGCUUAUGGAAAGUUUUUGUCGGAAUCAGCACAAGCAUUGGGUUUUUGCUUGCGAUUGGAACUUGGACCCUGCCAGUGAUCCUUUAGCAUCUGUGAUGACUUCCUUUUGUGGUCAGCUGGGUAGCUCUUCCGGUCACAAACGCAGUACUCAUCCCACGGACUCUGUUUGGUUUUCUCAGUCUCUCAGUUGUGAGAAGCAAUCGCCCAUGGAUGCUCUCUCCGACCAUUUUGGCUCCUUUGUUGAGUUAGGCCAGAUUCCCUGCUUAGAUCCGUCCCCUCCUGCAUGGAUUUUCAAGUCGGUGGCUCGUUUCCAGGACAAUUGUGAUCUCCCUUCCGCUGAUGACGCUGCCCAGGCUUGGAACCAAGUCAGCACACCGUCUGAGGUGUGGGAAGCGUUGGUUCAACAGGAUAUAAAUGAUGCCUGGUCUACCUGGUCCUCUGAUGCGGAAGCUUUUCUGAAAAGAAUCGGUGCAGUCAGCCAUGAAAGCAGUGCUGCGCAAAGAGGGUCCUUGCCCACUCUGGUUAGCGGCCCCUCCCGACAUGGCCCUGGUCAAAGCAUCACGGAGAGGCGCCUCAGACGUGUGAUCCGCAGAUUGGACGAAGCUCAACGGCACGUUCACAACGGCACCUCGGUCCCUACCAAUUUGCAGAGAACCUGCCAGAGAAAUUGCCAGAGAAAUUGCAACCAAUUUGGGUGCGGAGCUGAUGCGCAAGCCCACAGGUGGGGGGCAUGCCUCAAGGAGCUUACGGAGCAACUCAAACUUCUCCUCAAGCAGUCCAAUCUGCAUGCACUGCAAGGCUGGCGGCAGAAGGUGCAAACUUAUGAAGGAGCCUGUGCUUGGCUCCGAAAGCAAGCUCCGCCCUCUUGGGCCCUCACGAACGAUGUCAAGAACACUUCUGGUAGAAGUCAAGGGGCUGCGUUUUUAUUUGAGUCUUGGAAGAAUAUUUUCUGCGGGCCCGAAGGCUAUGAGCCCAAGGCUGAACCUUUUGUCCAAGCUUAUGCAGCUUGGAUCCCGCACAAUCCGGAGCUGGUUACUCCUGAGCUUACUGCCCAGGGUCUUAAGGAUACCGUCCGCCAGAUGAGACGGAAGGCUGCUGGCCCGGACCAAUGGUCUGCAGAAGCUUUGCUGCUGCUACCCGACAUGGCUUGGGAGCGAUUGACGGAGAUGCUGUUGCAAGUGGAACAGGUAGGAAAGUGGCCUGCCCCGCUGGUGCAGUGGCGGCUGACAUUUCUACCCAAGGUUUCUGCUGACAAAACUGGUGUUACCCAUGUGGCCAAGGUGAGGCCGAUUGCAAUUGGAUCCCUCAUCUACAGGGCCUGGUCCAAGCACAGGUUCGCCCAGAUCAGCCCAGGCCUGGUUGGCUUGCUGCAUCAGCGUCAAGUUGGGGGGUUGCCAGGCAUUGGCGCCGAAAUGAUGUUGGCCGCUCUGCAAAACCAAACUGAUGCCGCCACUCACCCUUACGGCAUGAGUUUGGAUUACAAGAAAGCUUUUGAUUCGGUCGACUAUGUCAUUUGUCUUCGUCUCUUCGAAGCACUCGGCAUCCCGGGUCCCAUCCUCAAAGCGCUCGGGGCGGCUUGGGAUCAGCAGACAAGGUGGGUCACAUAUGGCCAAUGUGUCCACCCUCAACCUAUUGUGCAUUGCCCAGCUUUGCUUCAAGGUGACCCUUUUGCUCCGCUUGGCAUGGCUGUCAUCUUGGCACCAGUGCUUUGCCAACUGCAAGCUCUUCACCCAGACAUCUUCACAGUCACUUACAUUGACGACAGGACUUGUUUGUGCCCGACUGUUGCUGAUCUUGAUGUGGUCAACAACGUUUGGUCUACCAUGGAGUCCUUUUUGCGGCUCCGCACGAAUGAGGAGAAGAGUCAAAUCUGGGCUCGCUCUCCUGAGGCUUUGGCAAAGUUGGAUAACACCCACUAUAGCUCCAAUGCCAGCUUCACCAUGCAGGUCCUUGGGGCUACGCUUGGUUCAGCGGAACGUGCUCUCUCUGACCGUGAGAGGGACACGUUGCAAGAUGUCGCUCGUCGUUCAAGGCGCAUUGCUUGUUUGCCUGUGAGUGCUCGCCUCAAAGGUCGCCUGGCAGCCACCGUGUUGGGGCCCAAAGCAGUGUGGGGCCAUGUGAUCAACGGUCGCUGCCCGACCCAGAAGGAUAAUGCCUGUUUCUUCCGCCACUUCAAGGCGGCGACAAGUGACAACCGGUUCGUCAAAGGGCGCUCGUCCAUGGACCUCAAGCGUGCUUUCUUCUUUGGUCACACAUGCGACUUGGCCUUUUAUGGGGCCCUCCGCACCAUCAGCUCGGGUUUUGCCUGGGCACGCCACUGUGCCAGUUUGGGUGAGAACUGUCGGUGGAGCCCGUCUACGGUGGUUUGCCUCAAUAGCAUCCUGCAAGACUUGGGUUGGUGUGCUCAUAGCAAUGCAGUCGGCCAGAGCGGGGUUGUCCCAUGCAUCCAUUUUGGGGCUGUGAAAGCUGAAGUUGACAAAUGUCUCCAUCAUAUUCGAGAUCUCUUGGUGCAGAUGGGCAAAAUCCGGGCAGCCGAAGCUGCUCGGCGCUUGAAACACCCCCUGCAGCAUAGCUGCUUGGUGCUGGUGGGCCUACUGCGCUGUUUGGUGCAGUGGGUGCAGAGUUUCAAAAAAUGUCAGUCGAAACAAGAGUCCAUGACGGACCACCGAAUUCAAAAUGCGGCUGAUUUCAAGCAGUCGAAACAAUAUACCAAAAGAGAAGUCAAGAGAAUGAAGAUCAAUGGAUCUCAACCUAGACAGUUGCCUUGCUGGCUGGCGCUGCUGUGCUUGGUGUGCUUGCCUGCCCAAGCUGCGUCUUCUUCCGCGGAAAGCCCCGUGGCCUGCACUAGACUUAGCCCCUUGGAGGGCUCCCCGGGUGCGUCGUUUGGCGGUGGGUUAGCCGCGGCCAACAUGACCCUUUGCAAUGGUCUGUGCGGCAGCUGUCCUGCAGUGAAGUUCGCGCAUUGUGCGCCCUCGAACUCAACAUGCGCUGCGCCUCAGUGCCAUUGCAGUGAGCUCCUGGCACCUAGCAGCGAGGCCAAUAUUGCAUCUUGGCUGGCACCUACCGAGAGCGAUUUGUGGGAUCCAGAUUCUUGGGAUUCUCCUUGGUGGGCUCGCAUGAAAUGUAGGCUUUCGACACGUCAGAAAGUCUUGGUGAGACGGGGCUUCAAAUUCCGUUCCAAGCCAAAGUUUCCAUCACCGGUGUCGGACAAGGAAAUGCCUGAAUUUUCGCAAAGCAAAUCUGCUUGGUCUAAAUUUAGCAAAGCUUAUGUUGAUCUUCUUUGCUCGGGUGUCUUGGUUGGGGGUACUCUCAACCAGUACAAGAAACACCCACCUCGACGGAAAUAUGCCAAACGGGGUGAGGGGAAUAGCAAUACUCUGGGCGAACAAACCCGGGAUUUGAUUGCUGUUUUGAAGCAGUGCCUCAACAAUGAACCUUCACUGGAGCAUUUGUGGUCGGCCCUACAGGCCACUGUCGCCCAGACGGUGCCUCAUAGGACCAAAAAAAGUGGGCCCAAGAAAAAGAAACUGAAAAGCGUCGGCUCCAAACCUCCUGCUGACACAUGCGGGACUGAUGAAAGGGUUCUGUGGUGGACUGAUGAAACCGGUCACAAGAGAGCGUAUACCAUCAACCAAAGAGGGUGGUGGACUUGGGUACCUGAUGUUCCGACCUCAGCAAGCCAUCAUCAUCCUGCCAACAGAGCGGCUGGUCACAAAGGCGAGCCGAACCAAGGUAGACUUGGCACUUGGAUUUCAGGGGUGAGGUCCACUGAUUGGGCUACUCAGCCUGUUCCCAAGCUCAUUUCUUUCCCUAAAAUUCGUGACUCCCUGAAACUUGGACAAGAGAUUGAAGGGAAUGUGGUUGAGAUAUGGAGCCCGGAUGUCCUUGAUGAGUUGAACACCUUGUGGUCAUGUUUUGGAAAAACUGAGGGUUUGACCGCCAUCCUCUUUGGAGAGGCCAGAGCCCAGAAUCCUGAGGCCACCUCGGCCAGGUUGUCAGUGACCCGAGGGUCGUUUGGACCAAAGCUUGAAGAAGGUUCGCUCUUGCGGAUUGGUCCUGGCCAAGGUCCUUGGCUCCCCGGCAGCAAGAAAGUUGACAUCAGCACCAUCCCUACGGUGCAAAGGGAAACCUUGCGAGUUGCUGCUCCAAGUUUUUUCAGGGUCCCCUUUAUCGGAGACCGCCGAGAAGACUCCCCAACCUUGAUUGUGCAAGCCUUAGCAAGUCUUGCUGAGGCAUGGUCUGAAAUCUCUGACCUUGUCCGUAAGCGAAACUCAUGGACUUUUCGGGCAAAGGCUCCGAAAGACAAUGCCACCACAGCAUCUUGGCAUUACGACAUCGGAUCUUCUGACAGCACAGACUGGACGAUCACGAUCCAGGUUGCGGUCCGGGCCCCUCAGGCUCCUCAGAAGAAUGUUUCCUUGCGAGGACCCAGGCGAGAAGUCACCUUGAAAGAGUUUUGGCCUGCAGCUAAGGUUUCCGAUCCUGAGGAAUUGCCCCUAGCGAAGUCUCCCACUGACUCCCAAAAACCAGCCGGUGUCUCGCCAGCUGCAACUGAGGGUGUCCGUAGCAGUGCUCGUGACCGCAGUCAACGCAGCAGGUCACCAAAGCGAUCUGAUGAGGUCGCUCCUACUAUCCCUGAUACUCAGGAAGACGAGAGCAAAGAAGAUGAAAACAUUGAAAAAAACGAGGAGAGUAGACCUCCCAAAAAACAGCGUUUGGUUGAACCCAGUGACCCUCAAGAGGCCCUCAGCAGUUUUGGGUGGCAGCAGUGGGACCAGCACGGAAAUGGUGACUGCUUUUUUCGACAUGCAAGCGUUUUUGUGAACAAGGCCAACACUCAACCUGCUGUCCAGGAUAGUCAGCAUCACGCGGCAUGGAUCAGAGCGCAGACUUGUCAGCAUAUCAAAAAACAUUCACGUAGGUAUGCGGAGCUUUUUGCAGGAAAGUCUGCUUUUGAUGCUUGGCUCAAUAACGCAGCCAAGCCCACCAGUUGGGCUGAUGGCCGCACCAUCCAGGCGGCCAGUGAGAAACUUGGUUGCCCAGUGGUGAUUUGGAAUAAGGAUGGGAACACGUACACUCGAUACGUGAUUGCACCCAAGUUCAGCCGAGGUUUUGCCUGUGGUAGUACCGGUUGCAACCCCAUUUGCCUUCUUCUCACUUCCAAACAUUACACUGCCCUGUUGCCUCCCCCUACCGGUUCCGUCCCUCACAGUUGGCUUCGCGAAACUCCGGAUGUUGUGAUUGAUCUCUCUGGCGGAGUUGGUGGUGUUGCCUCGGGUUCCUCUGGGCUUGCGUCUGUUGGGCCUUCUCCCCCGUCUGUGCGCGCGGGCGGCUCUCCUUCCCAGAGGACUUCCUCCUCUGCCGGCACCCCCUCUGUGCACUCCCUCGCCUCUCCUGCUCCUUCCGUGGUUCAGGGUUCGGCGGGGCGGGUUGGUGGUCUGCUUGGCUUCUGUGCGGCUUCGUCCUCGCGUUCCCCCUCCGUGCACUCCUUGGUCAGGUCUGCUGCGUCUGUCCGCCCUGGCGUUUCCGGUGCUGUCCCCUGUGUUGCUCUGCCCCCGGUCACGCCCGUGCCCGCUCGGAGUUCUUGCCCUUCGGUCCCUACUCCGUCCGUCCGAUCGGUCGCUCCGGUUCGCCGUUUGCGGUCUAAGACCUUCUGUGCGGACGCUUCUGAGUCGCGCUCGUGUCUUUCGUCGGGUCAUCGCUGUGUGAGCGCCGCCGGUCCUGUGUCUGGUCCUGUCACCCCGUCCGUCCACUCGGUCGUUGAUCCUGCCUGCCGUCGCCCUGCGCGUGUUUUGUGCGAAGUGCUCAAUUCUGAGAAGUGGCCAGGUCUCCAUCAGGUGAAUCGCCCUGUCAAGCGCAAGGGCGCCCGUCACGCCUGCGCCUUUGUUUCAAGGACUGCCGGUUUUUCCAGCGGGGAACAGGGACGGGACUGUUUGGUGGAGCUGCACGGCUGGCAGCUCAGUGGAACGCCAGCAGGGGCCGUUGCCGAUGGCGGUCGUGGGGGCACCGCAAUUUUGGUCAAAGAGCCUUUGGCCCUAGCGGAUAUCCAUUCCACCACUGAAACUUGGGGUCAACUUCAGGUUGCCGAGACAAUUGUGAUCUCCCCUCCGCUGAUGAGGCUGCUCAGGCAUGGCACCAUGUCAGCACACCGUCUGAGGCGCCUCAGACGUGUGAUCAGAUUGGACGAAGCUCAACGGCACGUUCACAACGGCACCUCGGUCCCUACCAAUUUGCAGAGAACCUGCCAGAGAAAUUGCAACCAAUUUGGGUGCGGAGCUGAUGCGCAAGCCCACAGGUGGGGGGCAUGCCUCAAGGAGCUUACGGAGCAACUCAAACUUCUCCUCAAGCAGUCCAAUCUGCAUGCACUGCAAGGCUGGCGGCAGAAGGUGCAAACUUAUGAAGGAGCCUGUGCUUGGCUCCGAAAGCAAGCUCCGCCCUCUUGGGCCCUCACGAACGAUGUCAAGAACACUUCUGGUAGAAGUCAAGGGGCUGCGUUUUUAUUUGAGUCUUGGAAGAAUAUUUUCUGCGGGCCCGAAGGCUAUGAGCCCAAGGCUGAACCUUUUGUCCAAGCUUAUGCAGCUUGGAUCCCGCACAAUCCGGAGCUGGUUACUCCUGAGCUUACUGCCCAGGGUCUUAAGGAUACCGUCCGCCAGAUGAGACGGAAGGCUGCUGGCCCGGACCAAUGGUCUGCAGAAGCUUUGCUGCUGCUACCCGACAUGGCUUGGGAGCGAUUGACGGAGAUGCUGUUGCAAGUGGAACAGGUAGGAAAGUGGCCUGCCCCGCUGGUGCAGUGGCGGCUGACAUUUCUACCCAAGGUUUCUGCUGACAAAACAGGUGUUACCCAUGUGGCCAAGGUGAGGCCGAUUGCAAUUGGAUCCCUCAUCUACAGGGCCUGGUCCAAGCACAGGUUCGCCCAGAUCAGCCCAGGCCUGGUUGGCUUGCUGCAUCAGCGUCAAGUUGGGGGGUUGCCAGGCAUUGGCGCCGAAAUGAUGUUGGCCGCUCUGCAAAACCAAACUGAUGCCGCCACUCACCCUUACGGCAUGAGUUUGGAUUACAAGAAAGCUUUUGAUUCGGUCGACUAUGUCAUUUGUCUUCGUCUCUUCGAAGCACUCGGCAUCCCGGGUCCCAUCCUCAAAGCGCUCGGGGCGGCUUGGGAUCAGCAGACAAGGUGGGUCACAUAUGGCCAAUGUGUCCACCCUCAACCUAUUGUGCAUUGCCCAGCUUUGCUUCAAGGUGACCCUUUUGCUCCUCUUGGCAUGGCUGUCAUCUUGGCACCAGUGCUUCGCCAACUGCAAGCUCUUCACCCAGACAUCUUCACAGUCACUUACAUUGACGACAGGACUUGUUUGUGCCCGACUGUUGCUGAUCUUGAUGUGGUCAACAACGUUUGGUCUACCAUGGAGUCCUUUUUGCGGCUCCGCACGAAUGAGGAGAAGAGUCAAAUCUGGGCUCGCUCUCCUGAGGCUUUGGCAAAGUUGGAUAACACCCACUAUAGCUCCAAUGCCAGCUUCACCAUGCAGGUCCUUGGGGCUACGCUUGGUUCAGCGGAACGUGCUCUCUCUGACCGUGAGAGGGACACGUUGCAAGAUGUCGCUCGUCGUUCAAGGCGCAUUGCUUGUUUGCCUGUGAGUGCUCGCCUCAAAGGUCGCCUGGCAGCCACCGUGUUGGGGCCCAAAGCAGUGUGGGGCCAUGUGAUCAACGGUCGCUGCCCGACCCAGAAGGAUAAUGCCUGUUUCUUCCGCCACUUCAAGGCGGCGACAAGUGACAACCGGUUCGUCAAAGGGCGCUCGUCCAUGGACCUCAAGCGUGCUUUCUUCUUUGGUCACACAUGCGACUUGGCCUUUUAUGGGGCCCUCCGCACCAUCAGCUCGGGUUUUGCCUGGGCACGCCACUGUGCCAGUUUGGGUGAGAACUGUCGGUGGAGCCCGUCUACGGUGGUUUGCCUCAAUAGCAUCCUGCAAGACUUGGGUUGGUGUGCUCAUAGCAAUGCAGUCGGCCAGAGCGGGGUUGUCCCAUGCAUCCAUUUUGGGGCUGUGAAAGCUGAAGUUGACAAAUGUCUCCAUCAUAUUCGAGAUCUCUUGGUGCAGAUGGGCAAAAUCCGGGCAGCCGAAGCUGCUCGGCGCUUGGCACCUGUGGGUGCUGGCU